CAGCAACAAUGGGCAGCAGCAGAGGACCACACAAGCGGAAAAGUCCAAGCACCCCUCAGCUGUAUGACAGGGGUUCUACUAGCAGAUAUUACGAUGCUGGAAGCUCAUCAAAUUUGCUCUUACCUGCUGAUCCAUGGCAGGAAAAGCAGAACACAGGACCUUAUCAUAUGCCUCGGGAGUAUCAUCCGGGCUACAGAGUUAACGGCCUCUCUAUUGGUGGUGAAGGUACACAUCGGAAUGUGAGAAGUAGAACUGUAGUUGACCAGGAACCUGACCUGGCCCGAACACAUAUGCCUAGCAAUUCUAUGCAUCAUUCCUUCUCUAACCGACCCACUAACCGAUCUACUACACUGGAUUAUUCGAGGCAGAGUUCAAACGUCUCCAUAACGGAUUGGAAUCAUUGUCUCGUAUCGCCUUCUGGCCACGGGGGGCCACGUGGUGUAGAUUCAAGUUCCUUCGGCCGCAGUCCGAACACCCUCAAUGCACUAAACAGUCAUGCUAAUGGCUCGGUGGACAGCGGUGGUUACAACAAUAAUGCUCCUAUCCCUCAAAAUAGUUAUGGUUAUUUGAAUCAACCUCGCGUAGAGGUCCAAAGCAGUUACGACCAAAGUUCUGCCCACACAUAUUGGGCUUCUUCAUCAGGCAACUUUUACCAAAGGCAAGUUGCUGUUUCUGGCGAAGGGCCGGCAAUGGCAGCAGACAGUUUCCCUUCUAGACAUUCGCAGGCCUUUUCUACCCCAGGGUUUCAUUAUAGUGAAAGGAAUGGUAGAACAAGUGACGGAUAUAGACCCGUUGUUGGGGAGUCAAGUGCACCCGAUCGAGCUGCACAUGAGGCUAUUAUGACGGCGAGCUACUCUACGUAUUAUGGCUCGAGGGCUCCUUACGACCAGCACAGGGAGAUGAGGCUUGACACAGACAACAUGAGCUAUGAGGAGCUGCUUGCACUGGGAGAGAGGAUUGGAAGUGUCAGCACAGGUUUGUCUGAUGGCUUGGUGUCAAAGUGUCUAACUCAAUCCAUCUAUCGCUCGUCGAACCAAUCUCAAGACAACGGGACGUGUGUUAUCUGUCUGGAGGAAUACAUGGAUAUGGAUGAAGUUGGGAGUUUAAAAUGUGGGCAUGAUUUUCAUGUGGGAUGCAUCAAGAAAUGGCUGUCAAUGAAGAACUUGUGCCCAAUCUGCAAGCAAUCUGCAGUUGAUGACAACGAACUAUCUUCUUGAAUUUGUUACUGUUUCAGGAAAUGUAAUUGAAAAUUAUUCCUCAGUUCAAAUUAUUCCCCGCAAUGAGGGAAAUGGAUUACUUUUGAAACAACAAUGUGAUUAAUGUAAUUAUUGAACUAACAUUCUCUCUCGGUA